AUGUACCUGCCAGAAAAUUUAAAAUUAAAUAUAUGGCUGACCUUUGUGGCUAUCUCCCAAAUAAAUUCUACUGUGACAGAUUGGUGGCAUCCAAUAACUACAGCCACUGCAAGACCCUUUUCAAAUUGUGGUGGCUUCUUAUUCAAUGCCAGUGAGACCUUCUCCAGCCCAUCCUACCCUGGAUACUAUCCCAACAAUGCUAAGUGUGUUUGGGAAAUAGAAGUGAAUUACGGUUACCGCAUAAACCUGGGCUUCAGUAAUCUGCAGUUGGAGGGGCACAAUAGUUGCAGUUUUGAUUAUGUUGAAAUCUUUGAUGGAUCACUGAACAGCAGCCAUCUGCUGGGGAAAAUCUGUAAUGAUAACAGGCAAAUAUUCACAUCUUCUUACAACCGAAUGACCAUUCACUUUCGAAGUGACAUUAGUUUCCAAAAUACCGGCUUUUUGGCUUGGUAUAACUCCUUCCCAAGCGAUGCCACCUUGAGGUUGAUCAAUUGAAACUCAUCCUAUGGUCUAUGUGCUGGGCAUGUGGAAGUUUACCAUCGUGGUACAUGGGAGACAGUUUGUGAUGACUCCUGGACCAUUCAUGAAGCUGAGGUGGUCUGCAGACAGCUAGGGUGUGGACAUGCACUCUCAGUCCUUGGAAACGCCUAUUUUGGCUCUGGCUCUGGCCCCAUCACCCUGGAUGAUGUAGAAUGCUUGGGGACAGAAUCCACUCUCUGGCAGUGCCGGAACCGAGGCUGGUUCUCCCACAACUGUCGUCACCAUGAAGAUGCUGGUGUCAUCUGCUCAGGAUACCAGCUAUCAACAACUGCUCCUUUUCCCAACGUCAGUCAUCCAAACACAAAUUAUUCCUGUGGAGGCUUCCUGAACCAACCAUCAGGGCACUUCUCCAGCCCAUUCUAUCCCAGGAACUAUCUGAGCAGUGCCAACUGUGUGUGGGACAUUGAGGUUCAAAGCAACUACCAUGUGACUGUGAUCUUCAGAGAUGUCCAGCUUGAAGGUGGCUGCAACUAUGAUUAUAUUGAAGUUUUUGACGGCCCUUACCACAGUUCCCCUCUCAUCACUCGAGUUUGUGAUGGGGCCAGUGGCUCCUUCACUUCCUCCUCCAACUUCAUGUCCAUUUGCUUCAUCAGCGACCACAGCGUCACGAAGAGAUGGUUCCAGGCUGAGUACUACUCCAGUCCCUCCAAUGAUAGCACCGACCUGCUCUGUCUGUCUAAUCACAUGCAAGCCAGUGUGAGCAGGAGCUACCUCCAAUCCCUGGGCUUUUCUGCCAGUGACCUUGUCAUUUCCAACUGGAACAGAUACUACCAGUGUCGGCCCCAGAUAACGCCGAGCCAGGUGAUAUUCACAAUUCCCUACUCAGGCUGCGGCACCAUCAAGCAGGUAGACAAUGAAACCAUCAACGAUUCCAACUUCCUCAAAGCAGGUGUCUCCCAUGGCAUCAUCAAGAGGAGGAAGGACCUCCUUAUUCACUUCAGCUGCAGGAUGCUUCAGAACACCUGGGUCAACACCAUGUACAUUGCUAAUGACACCAUCUGGGUCGAAGAAGGGCAGUAUGGCAAUUUCGACGUGAACAUUUCCUUUUAUUCUUCCUCCUCUUUCUUGUAUCCUGUGACCAGCAGCCCUUACUACAUGCACCUGAACCAGAACUCGUACCUUCAGGCUGAAAUCCUCCAUUCUGAUGCCACGCUGGCCUUGUUUGUGGAUACCUGCGUGGCAUCACCAUACUACAAUGACUUCACGUCUUUGACUUAUGAUCUCAUCCGGAGCAGAUGCGUGAAGGAUGAAAGCUACCGGCCCUACUCACAGCCGUCCCGGUUCAGUGCCUUCCACUUCCUGAGCCGCUUCCCCUCGGUGUACCUGCAGUGUAAAAUGGUGGUGUGCAGGGCGUAUGACUACUCUUCCUGCUGCUACCGAGGCUGUGUGGUGAGGUCCAAGAGGGAUGUGGACUCCUACCAAGAAAAGGUGGAUGUCGUCCUGGGUCCCAUCCAGCUGCACCCACCAUGCCAAGAAGAGGAGCCUCAGUAGGUGGUCCCUCUCAGACCCCACUGGCCAGCGGGGUGCACACCCCUGACUCUCGGGGACUUGGGAUGUUUCUCUUGGUUUCAUGUUCCAACUCAGAUUUGAGCACUCCACUGUGAUACACCUGGCCAUACAGAGUUGAAUCAGACCUGGUUCCCGCCUCCCCCAAGGCUCAUGGUCUUUGGAGGACCCAUUGAAGGGCAUGGUCCAGAGACUUUUGACCUGGUUGUCCCACAGACCUGACCUCCCAGAAACCAUGCUUCCCAUCUGCAAAAUGAAAAUGUUGUUACUUCUUAGCACUGUUGAGAGAGUUACAUAAAGGAGUUUUGGAGAAACAAAAACAAACAAA